CCCAGAUGGCCUGUGAGUGCCACAGCGUUGCUGGUCCCUGCCCGGGCGCACCGCCGGGGCCCAGAGGCGAGCGGGAGAGGACGCGGGCAGUUCUGCGCCAGGGGAGCCGGAGAAGCCCCGCGGCGCCCGCCGAGGCCCCUCAGGGCGUCAUCCUUGCCGCUCGGAAGUCGGCCCGUCUCCCUUAGGGAACGGGCGCCCCGGGACGCCGGGGGCUGCUGAGCUGGGGGGGGGCUCGAGCUGCGAGGAUCCGGGCUGCCCGCAGGACGAGGAGCGGGAGCCCAGGAUGGGAUGCAUGAAGUCCAAGUUCCUCCAGGACAGAGGCAAGGUCUCAAAAACCGAGCCCAGUGCCCUGCACAGCCCCGUAUAUGUGCCGGAUCCCACGUCUGCGGGCAAACGGCGGCCUGACAACAACAACGACAACCCACCAGGGUCGACGGAGGGUCCUGACGACAUCACUGUGAUUGCCCUGUAUGAUUACAAGGCCAUUCACCAUGAAGACCUCAGUUUCCAGAAGGGAGAUAAAAUGGUGAUCCUGGAAGAGUCUGGGGAGUGGUGGAGGGCUCGGUCCCUGGCCACAGGGAAAGAAGGCUACAUUCCAAGCAACUACGUCGCCCGAGUUGACUCCCUGGAGACAGAGGAGUGGUUCUUCAAGGGCAUCAGCCGGAAGGAUGCGGAGCGCCAACUUCUGGCCCCGGGCAACAUGCUGGGCUCCUUCAUGAUCCGGGACAGCGAGACCACCAAAGGAAGCUACUCUCUGUCAGUGCGAGACUACGACCCCCAGCACGGGGACACGGUGAAACAUUACAAGAUCCGGACCCUGGACAGUGGGGGCUUCUACAUCUCCCCACGGAGCACCUUCAACACCCUGCAGGAGCUGGUGGCUCACUACAAGAAGGGGAGUGAUGGACUCUGCCAGAAGCUGAUAGUGCCCUGCGUGUCUUCCAAGCCCCAGAAGCCAUGGGAGAAAGAUGCCUGGGAGAUCCCACGGGAAUUACUCAAGCUAGAGAAGAAACUUGGAGCCGGGCAGUUUGGGGAAGUCUGGAUGGCCACCUACAACAAGCACACCAAGGUGGCCGUGAAGAUGAUGAAGCCAGGGAGCAUGUCCGUGGAUGCCUUCCUGGCAGAGGCCAACCUGAUGAAGACUCUGCGGCAUGAUAAGCUGGUGAAACUGUAUGCAGUGGUCACCAAGGAGCCCAUCUACAUCAUCACAGAGUUCAUGGCCAAAGGAAGCCUGCUGGACUUCCUGAAAAGCGUAGAGGGCAGCAAGCAGCCAUUGCCAAAGCUCAUCGACUUCUCAGCGCAGAUUGCAGAAGGCAUGGCCUUCAUCGAGAAGAGGAACUACAUUCACCGAGAUCUCCGAGCCGCCAACAUCCUGGUCUCUGCGUCCCUGGUGUGCAAGAUUGCCGACUUUGGCCUGGCGCGUGUCAUUGAGGACAAUGAAUACACGGCCCGGGAAGGGGCCAAGUUCCCCAUCAAGUGGACGGCUCCUGAGGCCAUCAACUUUGGCUCUUUUACCAUCAAAUCAGACGUCUGGUCCUUUGGUAUUCUGUUGAUGGAGAUCGUCACCUAUGGCCGGAUCCCUUACCCAGGGAUGUCAAACCCUGAGGUGAUCCGGGCACUGGAGCAUGGAUACCGGAUGCCUCGACCCGAGAACUGCCCCGAGGGACUCUACAACAUGAUGACACGCUGCUGGAAGAACCGCCCUGAGGAGCGGCCCACCUUCGAAUAUAUCCAGAGCGUGCUGGAUGACUUCUACACAGCCACGGAGAGCCAGUACCAACAGCCAUGAUGGGUGGAGCCCGGGCAGGGCCGAGUACCCAGCUGACGCCCAAGAGGUGGUUCCAGCGCCAUCUGCCUGGUGCCUGCUUGUCCUUCCCACUCCCGGACACCCACCCUUGUCCCAGCCACAGCGCCUCACCUGUCAGGUGGGUGGGCUGAACUGGACAAUCUCUUUUUGACUCUAGCAAUCUCCAGUCUGCCAUCCUCAGGAGACCCCAAGUUGAUAUUUCUUCUAGUGCCUGGGACAGCUGGAUUCCGGUUACAGCUGUGGUUUGGACGGGAAACUUUUAAAAAUCAUGAAAUAAAUAUUUAAAUAAACGAUACAAAUGCUAAAGGCUUUCCUGACAGCUUGUCUUGUUCUGCCAGUUCCUGAAUAUCUAUUUGCCUUUUUGCUAGAUGACAAGACAGAAAGGGGCAGGGACCCUUCCAAAGACCAGCAGUCUGAAGAGAAAUGGGGUCCGAUGCUCCGGCUUUUCUAACUGGCCCCCCAAGUAGUCGCUGGCUAUGUUAGUUUCCUACGGCUUCUGCAACAAAUGACCACAAACUUGGUGGCUUAAAACACAAAUUCAUUAUCUCACAGCUCCAGAGGUCAGAGUCUGAAAUGGGUUUGGCAGGGCUACGUGCCUUUUGGAGCCUCUAGGGGAGAAUUCAUUUCCUCGUCUUUUCUGACUUCUAGAAGCUGACACAUUCCCUGACUCGUGCUUUUCUUCCACUCGUCACUCCAAACUGCUUGUCGUCACAUCUCCUUCCCUGACCGGCUCCUGCCUCCCUCUUUCACAUGUAGGGAUACCUGUUAGUACAUUGGGCCCACCUGGAGAAUCCAGACUAACUUUUCCCUUUCAAGAUCCUUAAUCACAUCUGCAAAGCAAAGCCCCUUUUGCCAUGUAAGGCAACAUCUUCACAGGAUCCAGGGAUUAAGACAGGGACAUCUUGGGCAGGGAGGAGGGGCAUUAUUCUGCUAAUCACAUUGGCACUGGGAUGCUGGAUGGGUUGUGUCUCCAAAGAGCUGAGUUUGCCAAGAUGAUAGGAAUGAUUUUUCAUGACUGGAGCCCGGACUUUCCUGCCAAGCCACAGUGAUACUUGAGCUGGUUAGUCUGGGUCUCCCCUAGGGCUGCAGGGCUGUCCGAAGCCGGGGCAUUUCCCAUGGCCAAGCAGCCAUCGUGGUUGUUAAGAUAGUAUCCACCAUCGUAGGAAUACCAGAGUCUGGAGAUGUAGUUGCUGAGAGCUAUCUGGUUCCCUGUGUGGGAAGUUCUCAGUAGAGGGGAGGGAGAUGUGGGAAGGAAGUAGAGAGGACAAGGAUCAAUGGGCCCUUCCUGCAUGUUGUCUCAGUUGAAAGUGCCUGACAUUAGCUUUCGUUGGAAGGGGAACAACGGGAAGAGGUGGACAGCGAGAUGGGGAGCCAAUGACACCUUUCUAUAUCAUUGCAUCCCCUGAAAGAUUUACUUCACAGCACCUGCCAGGGUCCCCUGGAGCCCUAUCCUGAAUUGCUUCUGUACCCCUGAGUAGCACAGAGGAACUGGGUAUAAGCAGUGGAAAGCACAUCUAGCAGUGUUUCAACUUACCUAGUCGGUAACUGAAUUUCUCUCCUGCUUUCUUGUUUGGGAUAUGUUUUUGGGUAUUCGAAAGCGGAGCUCAUCUCCUGCAGUAGGAAUUUGCAUUCAUGAUUUGUGGUGCAUUGGAUUGCUGUUCAGAGAUCCAUAGGAGGGAGCCUAUUGCUACAUGGACAAGACCAGGGGUCAAUUCCUACCCUCCUGCUCCUUCAGUUUAACUGCCCUAUACUGUGAUUUAUCCAUCUGGUCACAGGAAAAACAGAUUAAAAUAUGGGGACAUAUACAACACCAAAGCACAGCCCAUGAAAGAAAAUAUUGAUACACUGGACUCCAUUAAAUUUAAAAACUCUGCUCUGAGAAAGACACUGUUAAGAAAAUGAAAAGACGGGGCGCCUCGGUGGCUCAGUCGGUUAAGCAUCCGACUUCAGCUCAGGUCAUGAUCUCGUGGUCCGUGAGUUCGAGCCCCGCGUCGGGCUCUGGGCUGAUGGCUCAGAGCCUGGAGCCUGCUUCCGAUUCUGUGUCUCCCUCUCUCUCUGCCCCUCCCCGUUCAUGCUCUGUCUCUCUCUGUCUCAAAAAUAAAUAAAACGUUAAAAGAAAAAUUAAAAAAAAAAAAGAAAAUGAAAAGACAAGCUCCAAUCUGGGAGAAAAUAUUUGCAAAACACAUGUCUGAUAAAAGACCGGUAUCCAAAAUAUACAAAGCAUCCUUAAAGGCCAACAAUAAGAAAACAAACAACCCAAUUAAGAAACGGUCAAAGACCUGAACAGACACCUCACAAAAGAAGAUAUGCUCAGUCUGUUAAGUGUCCGACUUCAGCUCAAGUCAUGAUCUCACAGUUUGUGAGUUCGAGUCCCGCAUCCAGCUCCGUGCUGACAGCUCAGAGCCUGCAGCCUGUUUUAGAUUCUGGGUCUCCCUCUCUCUCUCUGCCCCUCCCUGGCUUGUGCUCUCGCUCUCUCUCAAAAAUAAAAUAAAUGAACAUUAAAAAAGAAAUAACAGAUAUGCAGGUGGCAAACAAGCCACCUGAGAAGAUGUUCACCUGAGAAGACGAGAAGGUGUUCAACAUCAUAUGUCAGAGAAGUACAAAUUGAAACAAUGAGAUAUCACCACACGUUACUUAGAAUGGCCCAAAUCCAACCACUGACAAUACCAAAGGCUGGCAAGAACUUGGAGCAGCAAGAACUCUCAUUCAUUGCUGGUGGGGACGCAAGAUGGUGCAGUCACUUUGGAAAAAAUUUGGUCGCCUCUUACAAAACCACACAUGUUCUUGCCAUACAAUCCAGUAAUUGCAUCCCUUGACAUUUACUCAAGCAUGUUGAAAACUUUUGUCCAUGUAGGAAGCUACACGCUAAUGUUUGCAGUAGCUUUAUUUACAAUUGUCAAAAUUUGGAAGUGACUAAGAUGCCUUUCUACAGGUGAAGAGAUGAACAAACUGUGGUAUAUCCAUAUAUUGGAAUAUUGUUCGGUGAUCCAAAGGAACGAGCCAUCAAGACACGGAAGAACCCUACACGCACAGAGCCAAGUGAAAGAAGCCAACCUGAAAAGGCUACACACCAUGCAGUCCAACUGUGUCAUUCUGGAAAAUGCAAAA